AUCAUCCCAUAUUCAGCAAAAGCAGCUGAUCAUAAUUACCUCCUCGCUCAUCCCAUCACCAUGGCGCCGAGCAAUCCCCAGCUCAAUGUGCAACUUUCUCCUGCUGCCCUAUUCACCAAUCGAGGAUUCCGAAACUCGGAAGCAUACUCCAGGUAUCUCCGAAGCUUUCAAGAUCGUGCUCUCCACCCUUCAUUUCUCAUCCCUCCCACCACCUUCAAUCGGUACAGACUGCGAAUCAAUGGGUAUGUCAAUGAUCUUGGGUGGAGCUCCCUACUCCAUAACUGGCUCCUCGAUCAGUGUCCUGAAGCUGUGAGGAUGUUCUACGCGAGUAUGCAGUGCGACCCUGGACGUAAUCCGUCAUACUUCACCACCACUGUCUACAAUUUUAGUGUGACAGUUACUGCAGAAAUCCUGGCCAACUUGCUGCACCUUCCUCAUGGUGGCUACACUGCUGGAACUACAAAAGACUUCGACAGCUAUGGGUUUCAUCCCAUAGACACUAUGUCGUACCUAGCCAGCGACUACGGGCAGUACCAAUCCUCGAUGGUCUCCGUUGAGCGGCUGUCGGAUGAUCUGAAAGCUCUGCAGUUCUACAUUACGCGUAUGUUUCUCCCUCGAGCUGCUAAAACAACUACUAUCCUUGAAGAAUCUGAUCUAUGGAUUCUGUUUAACGCAAGGACAAGCUGCCCAAUCAGCUAUGCAUCCCUCAUGUUUAAUCACAUGAUUAAAUAUCAAGACGAAGACUGCAGUGGAAAGCUCCCAUUCGGACCGCAAAUCACCACAUUACUAGCAAUUUUAGGGGUCAAUGUGCGUGGGAAGCUUACUAACCGUGAGGUUCACGCUGACCUCCAAGCCCAGCAUGUCCUACGUCGCACUCUUUCGGUGCUUGGACCCAGAAAACUUGCCAAAGUUCAAGGGGGAGACAAAGCUGCUAAGUCUAGAACAGAUUCUGAAGAAGAUGUUAAUGAAGUAGAAGAGGAGACCUGGGUAAAGGGCAAGGCAGCAGAGCUAACUGCUGAUGAAAUCAGCAGGCUUGACAAAGGAAAAGGGGUAGUUGAAUGGUCUUCAAAGCGGAAGAGGCCUAUGAGCAUGGGUCACGUGCAGGAAGGAAUAAGGCUGGAAAGCGGAAUAAGGCCUCUGAGCAUGGGCCUCUGAGCAUCAACUUGACAAUGGCAGAACUUCUUGAUAUAACUUGAAGGCCAAGUCAAGAUUCAAAUGUGAAAAUCAAGUUGGAAAAGCAGUGGCUGCCCAAAAGCAGUUAAGGCAAGUUUACAGGCCAAAAAGAAGAAAGAAUAUAAACUAACCUUUACAAGAAGAUCUCAAGGGAGAAUUGAAGAGCAACGGCUAGUUGGUGGAGGCUAUAAAUAGAGACAAGACUG